AUGUUAACCAUCCUCACUGUAGCAACUACAGUUUUAAUAUUCAGGUUAAUCCGACAACCCAUUUACAGAACACCAUAUAAAAAUGAAAAUGAAUAUAACACUCCUGAUAAUGAUAAGUUGCAAGAACUUGAUGCUAUAAAAAAAAUUGAUUGGCAUAAUUAUGAACAAAUCAAACAAGAAUCUCAUAGGAUAGGAGUCGGAGAACAGGGAAAACCAGCUUUUCUUCCAGAUAAAGAAAAAGUACAGAAAGAAGCACUUUAUGCUGUUAAUGGAUUUAAUGCAUUAUUAAGUGAUAAAAUAUAUCUCAAUAGUUUGCCAGAUAUAAGACAUCCGGGAUGUAAAGAAAAAAAAUAUAGGAAAAAUUUAAAUACAGUUAGUGUUGUAGUGCCAUUUCAUAAUGAACACUGGAGCACAUUGUUAAGAACAGUUUAUAGUGUAUUAAAUAGAUCUCCAUCACAUUUGCUCAAAGAAAUUAUAUUAGUAGAUGAUUAUAGUUCUAAACCAUUUUUGAAAAAGAAAUUAGAUAUUUAUGUAGAUAGGCAUUUGCCUAAAGUGAAAAUUAUUCGCUUGCCAGAGAGAAUGGGGCUGAUAAGGGCAAGAUUAGCAGGUGCGAAAAAAGCCAAAGCUCAAGUUUUACUUUUUCUCGAUUCACACACUGAAGCUAAUGUAAAUUGGUUGCCUCCAUUACUUGAGCCAAUAGCAGAAAAUUAUAAAACUUGUGUAUGUCCUUUUAUUGAUGUUAUCGCUCAUGACACUUUCGAAUAUAGAGCUCAAGAUGAAGGUAGGAGGGGUGCUUUCGAUUGGGAAUUCUUUUACAAAAGAUUACCAUUAUUACCAGAAGACUUGAAACAUCCCACAGAACCUUUUCAGAGUCCAGUUAUGGCUGGUGGUUUGUUUGCCAUUAGUGCAAAAUUUUUUUGGGAAUUGGGCGGUUACGAUGAAGGUUUAGCAAUAUGGGGUGGAGAACAAUAUGAAUUAUCAUUUAAAAUUUGGCAAUGCGGUGGAAAAAUGGUCGAUGCUCCCUGUUCGAGAGUUGGUCAUAUUUAUCGAAAAUUUGCACCGUUUCCCAAUCCCGGUAUAGGAGAUUUUGUUGGAAAAAAUUACAGGAGAGUUGCUGAAGUAUGGAUGGAUGAAUAUGCCGAGUAUUUGUAUAAGAGGAGGCCGCAUUAUCGAAAUAUCGAUCCGGGAGAUUUAACCGUACAAAAAGCCGUACGGGAAAGGUUAAAUUGCAAACCUUUCAAAUGGUUUAUUGAAAAUAUUGCAUUUGAUUUGCCUUUAAAAUAUCCACCCAUCGAACCUCCUGAUUUAGCUGAAGGAGAGAUAAGAAGCAUAGCGGAUCCUGGUUUAUGCGUCGAUACUGAAAGAAAAGAACCUGAAGAUACAUUCGGACUUAAACCGUGUGAAAAAAAUUUCAAAUCUAAAAAUACUCGUACCGAACAAUAUUUUAUACUUACCUGGCACGAAGAUAUUCGUCCCAAGGGUCGUAACGUUUGUUGGGAUGUAUCAAGCAUUGAUAAUAAAGCAAGCGUGAAUUUAUAUAAAUGCCACGGAAUGAAAGGAAAUCAAUAUUGGCAUUACGAUUCCAAUGAAAAUUGGCUAGUCCACGGAACAAAAAAUAGAUGUUUGACGGCAAAUGUCGAAUCACAAACAUUAUACGUAACAAAAUGUGAUAAAAAUAUUGAAAAUCAAAAAUGGAAAAUUGAAAAAAUAAAUAAUAGAUAA